AUGAGUCCACCUCAAAUUGUGUCAGCCCCUCCGAGGGGGCUUGACUUGGAGAACGCUCAAACGGUAGAUCUCGCCGAACAGCGUUCUCUCGACAUGGAUGAGAAGAAGAUCGACGAGAGACCUCCGUCCAUGCAAGACGCAUUUGGUGACGAAGAACAUGCGGAGAUCAAAUACAAGACUUUGAAGUGGUGGCAAUGUGGCUUGCUGAUGGUGGCCGAAACGGUCUCCCUCGGUGUCCUGUCGUUGCCCGCCGCGGUCGCCGGGCUGGGUCUGGUUCCUGCGGUCAUCAUCUUGGUCUGCCUGGGACUUCUGGCAACGUAUACGGGAUACAUCAUCGGACAAUUCAAAUGGGCAUACCCGCAGAUCUCCAACAUGGCCGAUGCAGGGGAGGUGCUCGCGGGGCGAUUUGGCCGCGAACUGCUCGGCGCGGCCCAGAUCAUCUUCAUGAUAUUCGUCAUGGCCAGCCACCUGCUGACGUUCACCAUCGCCAUGAACGCGAUCACCGACCACGGCACUUGCUCAAUCGUCUUCGGCGUCAUCGGCAUGGUCGUCUCGUUCGCCCUGUCUCUCCCGCGCACGCUCGCCGAGAUGUCCUGGCUGUCGCUAGUCUCAUUCAUCAGCAUCCUGACCGCUGUGGUCAUCACCAUGGUCGGUGUCGGUGUCUCCCACCCCGGCAAGGAAGUCCUCGCCGUCGUGGACACAGACCUCGUCCACGGAUUCGCAGCCGUCUGCAACAUCGUCUUCUCCUUCUGCGGCCACGCCGCCUUCUUCGGCCUCGCCGCCGAGCUCAAAGACCCGCGCGACUUCCCCAAGGCCCUCUGCCUGCUCCAGGGCAUCGACAUCUCGCUGUACCUGAUCGCCGCAGUCGUCAUCUACCGCUUCGGCGGCGCAGACGUGGCCUCGCCGGCCCUGGGAUCCGCCAGCCCCAUCGUCUCCAAGGUCGCGUUCGGCAUCGCCCUCCCGACCAUCAUCAUCGCGGGCGUCAUCUACGGCCACAUCGCCUCCAAGUACGUCUACACGCGCGUCUUCCGCGGCACGGACCGCAUCCACAAGCGCGACUGGGUCGCUGGCGGCUCGUGGGCCGGAAUCGCUCUCGGCCUUUGGAUCAUCGCCUGGAUCAUCGCCGAGGCGAUCCCCGUCUUCAGCACCCUCCUCAGUCUCAUCACCGCGCUGUUCGCCAGUUGGUUCACCUUUGGCUUGAGCGGCAUCUUCUGGCUGUUCUUGAACUGGGGGAAGCUGUUUUCGUCGCCGAAGAAGAUCUUCCUGACGUUUGUGAAUCUCGGCAAUAUUGCAAUUGGGGUCUGUCUGUGCGUCCUCGGACUCUACGCCUCAGGCACAGCCAUCCACGACGACCCCGGCAGCUCGAGUUUCUCGUGCGCGAAUAAUGCUUAA